AUGGCUUCUGAAGAGAUCGACGCCUUUGCGGAGACCUACUGGUCGUACAAGGUUUCCACGAAUGGCUUCCUGGACUGGCUUUGGUGCCAACACGAGAGCCUGAACCCGAAGCCAGCCAGCAUCACCAGGACUACGAAGGGCAUUCUAGCAGCUGCUGAAACUCUCUCAGAAGCUUUCCAGAAGACAGAGCAGACCGUACCAGCCUACAUUAUUAGCUUGCUACGAAACGCCAUUGCAAAGCGACAGGAGGCUGUGACUUUCUACCGAGAGCUUGGCGCUGAUGACGCUAAGCACAGAAUCUUCAUCCACAGGCAAGUACUAUCCCAGACCCUGCACAUCUUGACUCCGUUGAUGGCUGAGUCCAAGAAUCACAAUGCGAAGCAGCCCAUCCAUGAAAAGAAAAGGACUGCAAACUUCUUUGCCUCUCUGGUCACUGUUGAGGACGUGGAAGAUGAUGACAGUGUGGAAACCUUGGCCCAGGCAGAGCCCGUGAGCCAGGAGUCAGCAAACACACAAACUCAAUCUGUGUCCACAAAGAGAAAACACUACAAUGGGCUUGAGGACGACGAGCUUCAGGAACGAGUCGAGACUGCAUUUCUUCUCAAGGCAAUUGAAGAUAUGAAAGCCCUCCUCAAAAAGUACUGGACCGAAGCAGCACAGGGAUUGAUUCCUAUACCAGUGGCGUCGUGGCUCACCAGUCUUGUCUUCUGGCACUGCAAGCGGAUGAGCUUGAAGCAUUUCCCGGUUUCCAGCAACGUCUUUGAGUGCCAGUGCCGGCGCACUCACAAAUUCUUCGCCAAGCGUCCUAAGCUAGCCUCCGCUUUCCAGAUUUCAGACCUCUCAGGCGCCGUUCGAUUCUGCAUCUUGGCUCACGCUAUAAAUGACCAACAAAACCUCGCCGCUUGGCUCCAUAACCCUUCAAUUGCAGGCUUUAGCUUUUCCCAAAUCUUUGUGAUGGGGAUGGAUACCCAAGAAGAGUUGCUUCCUCUGAGAGAGCUUCCCACCCGUCUUCCUGAUAUCGACGACGAGGAGGAACAGCCCGAGAUCUGGGCUGUCAUGGAGAUCUUCAAGAACAUCAACAAAGACGGCGAAAAGAAUCGCGCAAUUGCAGGUUUGGAGAAUAUGAAGUUCCCAAUGAUGCGCGGUGAGCCCUGCGAGCCCAUUUUAGCUCUUGCAUUGGACGCGGUCAAGACGACAGACUCCCAUCACUCGGUGGACUUGACAUUUGGUCUUGACCUCUUUCUUUCUAGCUACGAGGCCUUUCUUUGGCCAAAUGGCAUACACAACAACCAGAAUUGCCGUCUCCAGUCCCUUCGUCUGGCAAAGCAAGUCCAAGACAGCGUCCGACCAACCAUCAAGCAGCUGCGAAUGAUGAGCCAAGUCGCCGGGGGCUUUUCGGAAUGGGCCGAUUCCCAUCAAGAGUUUCACGACUUCUUGGGCGCAUACCUCUGCGAGAACAGAUUCGACUUCUACCAUCGAGCCCCUUGGACCGCAGGAAGUCAUAUGACAGAAAUCCUCUACAAGGCCUCGAUUAUAGGCCAGGCAAUCUGCGCAAAAGUCCCAAUUGUCCCAUCGACUCUACAUCUAUACAAUGCUCUGCGCAAGUCCUCUUUUGGCCUCUCUGAAAUCCCUCUCAUGGAAGAGCUUUGCGAACUAUUCAAACCCACAGCCUUUCUCGGCAACCGACCCGAUGACAACUUUGCAUCUCACUUCCGCAGAUCGGUCCGUGGCUUUCAAACUGUCAAGGAGAUCUCCAAGAGCGCCUUCUAUCACCCCGACACGCUAGACUCUGGAUUCGACGUCGCUUGCGUCCCAGUAUGCAACCUCAAGUUUAUCGAAUCGGUAUUUGGUUUCCAGCACGUCAACGAGCACAUCAUUGGCUUCGACUUCAUGGCCAUGGUAUUCGGGGAGACAUGCAGAACACCCUUGACCCCCAAGGAGAAGGAGAAGCUCAGAAAGAGAAAGUCGGAAGAAUCUCCCACGGCCUUUAUCGAGAGAGCCAAGUCUUUAAUUGUGACGGAGUUCCAGGGCGCUCUGCCCAUCGCACGAGUCGACUUCUUCCGCGUCUUCAUGCUGUGUUCCCGGAUCAUGGAGACGUUUAGCCAGCUCGCCACCGACUGGAACCUCAUUCGCUUCUCGCGCGAUUUCGGUUGUCACGGUCUCAGGGGUGCCGGCAUGGUUGAGCCUAUUCUGGAGCAGAUUACCAGGCAGUGCGACACGAAGAAGGGGAGAGAAGCCAUUGCGAACUAUCCCUUGUGUCAUUCUGCCGCCUUUGCUAUCCGAGAUGCUGUGAGCAAGGACGCGAAGCUGUCGCAAUUUCUCUUCGAUGUCUGA